CCGUAAUACGAGAGUAAUACAAAACAAAAUGUUGAAAAUUGUGUUGUCUAAGAGUGGAUGCUGUGCUAUAUUAUAAGUAAUUUAAUCAAAAUUGUGUAGAAAAUUUAGAAAAUAUUGUCUCUAGCACAAAUAAUAUAAUGGAGAGUGCGGACAACAGCGGGAUGGUGAAGGAGAACGUGUCGCCGAGGCCGCCGCUGGCGCUGCGCUGGCUGGCGGCGCUGGUGGCGCUGACGGCGGCCGCGCUGCUGCUGGCCGCGCGCUUCGACGCCGCGCUGCCCGCCGCGCUGCCGCCCACUACGGCUGACCGCUUCAGCGGGGAGGCGGCACAUCUCUAUCUCCGAAACCUCACCUCAAUCGGACCCAGGGUGGCGGGCAGCUACGAGAACGAGGUGUGGACGGUGGGCACGCUGGUGCGGCUGGUGCGCGCGCUGGCGGCGGACGCGGCGCCGCACAACGUGGUGGAGCUGGACCGGCACGAGGCGGCCGGCGCCUUCAACCUCACCUUCUUCGACGGCAUGAACAACGUGUACCGCGACGUGCAGAGCGUGAUGGCGCGCGUGCGCGGCGCGGGCGGCGUGCGCGCACACGAGCCCGCGCUGUUGCUCAACUGCCACUUCGACACCGUGCCCGACAGCCCGGGCGCCAGCGACGACGGCGCGGGCUGCGCGGUGCUGCUGGAGACGCUGCGCGCGCUGGCGGCCUCGGGCGAGCCGCUGCGGCGCCCCGUCGUGUUCCUGUUCAACGGCGCGGAGGAGAACAUCAUGCAGGGCGCGCACGCGUUCGUGACCGCGCACCGCUGGGCGCGCGCCGUGCGCGUGUUCCUCAACCUGGAGGCGUGCGGCGCGGGCGGCCGCGAGGUGCUGUUCCAGGCCGGCCCGCGGGACCCCUGGCUCAUAGAGGCGUACGCGAGCGCGGUGCCGUACCCGUUCGCGUCGUCGCUGGCGCAGGAGCUGUUCGAGAGCGGCGCGCUGCCCGGCGACACCGACUUCCGCAUCUUCCGCGACUUCGGCAAGCUCUCGGGGCUGGACUUCGCGUGGAGCGCGAACGGGUACGUGUACCACACGGCGCUGGACACGUGGCGGCGCGUGCCGGCCGCCGCGCUGCAGCGCACCGGCGACAACGUGGUGGCGCUGGCGCGGCGGCUGCUGGCGGCGCCCGAGCUGGCGGCGCCGCCCGCCGCGCGCGCGCCGCUCGUGUACUUCGACGUGCUGGGCGUGCUCGUGCUGCGCGCCGCGCCCGCCGCCGCCGCCGCGCUGGCGCUGGCCGCCGCCGCGCUCGUGCUGCUCAACGUGCACGCGCACGCCGCGCAGGCGCGGCGGCAGCUGUUCGUGCGGCGCGCGGCGUGGUGGCGCGCGGUGGGCGGCGCGGCGCUGUGGCUGGCGGGCGGCGGCGCGGCCGGCGUGCUGCUGAGCGCGGCGCUGGCCGGGCUGCUCGCGCUCUGCGACGCCAGCCUCGCCUUCUACUCGCGCGACUGGCUGCUGGCGCCGCUCGCCGCCUUGCCCGCGAUCACGGUGUCGUGGUGGGCCAUGCUGCGCUGGGCGCGCGGCGCGGCGUGGGCGGGCGCGCGCGGCUGGUGGCGCGCGCGCGCGGCGCGGGACGGCGCGGCGCUGCUGGGCGCGGCGGCGCUCGUGGCCAGCGCGGCGCUGCGCCUGCGCUCCGGCUACCUGCCGCUGGCGGGCACGCUGCUGGGCGCGCUGGCCGACCGCCUGGGCGCGCUGGCGCCCGAGGGCGCGCGCGGCGACGCGGCGCGCGCGUGGCUGUGGGGCGCGAGCGCGGCGCUGCCGGCGCUGCAGAGCUGGUACCUGCUGCUGGCGCUGCUGAGCACGCUGGCGCCCAUCGCGGGCCGCGCCGGCUCGCCCGCGCUGCCGGCGGACGCGCUGCUGCUGGCGCUGACGGCGGCCGUGGCGCAGUGGGCGGCCGGCUGGCUGCUGCCCUUCGUGCUGGUCACGCGGAGGCCGCAGAUACUCAUGUACAUAUCGGCGCUGGUGUCGUGCGUGACCCUGUUGCUGGUGGCGAGCGGGCCGCUGUACGCGCCGUACAGCGCCGAGCGGCCGCAGCGGCUGUUCGUGUUCCACGCGCGCCGCACGCUGCACGCGCCGCUGUUCCCCGCCGCGGGCACGCCCAGCACGCCCAGCACGCCGGCAGACCGCGACAACGCCACGCACGAGGACGUGUUCUGGGUGCCCGAGCUGGACGCCAACACGGCGCGCACCGUCCGCGAGAUGGCGGGCAAGGCCGGCCUUGAGAUGGUGCCGGCGUCGGACGAGUGCGCGCGCUGGGUGUACUGCGGCGCGCCGUACUACCUGCCCGUGCGCGCGCUCGUGCCGCGCGGCCUCACGCUGCGCGCGCGCGCGCCGCCCGCCGUGCGGCUGGGCGCGCGGCUGCGGCUGCAGGAGCUCGGCGCGCGCGUCGCGGAGCUGCACAUCGACCUUACAGGUCCGAACCACGUGGUGCUAAUAAUAUCCCCGACGCGUGGGACGCGCGUGUCGUGGCUGUCGGCGCCGCCCGCGGGCGCGCUGGAGCCGCUGGUCGCGCUGCCGUGGCGCGAGCAGCAGCGCGACACGUACUUCGUGAGCCUGCACGCCGCGCGCCCCGACACGCCGGCGCGCUGGCAGCUCACGCUGCGGCUGGAGCGCGAGGCGGACGGCGAGGCGGCGAGCGGGGCGGACGGCGGGGCGGCGAGCGGGGCGGACGGCGCGCGCUGGGCGUCGCUGUCGCUGUCGGGGCACGCGCUGGCGGCGGGCCGCGCCGCGUGGAGCGCCGCGCACCGCGCGCUGGCCGCCACCGCGCACGCGCACGCGGCCGUCACGGGCUGGGGCGUGCACACGCACCUCUACGUGGUGUAGCGCGCGCUCCGACACGCAUCAUAAUUGCUUUACGACCGGAUUGAACGAUCGCGGCUCGAUAAAUAUAAUACGGUUUUAUUCAAUGUUCAAAUCAAAUAUGGAACAUUAUACAGGUGACUUUUAAAUUCAGCUGCAUAAAUUCAACUGUUAAGUGUACUCAUCUAAAGGAUAUUUAAAAACGUUAAAAGAAAAAUAUCGGUUCAUAUGUUGAAGGUUUUUUAAAUGUGAAAAUGAUGACGUUAAAUUUAAAUAAAAAUAGGCUCAAAUGGCUCAGAAGCAUGGGUGUAGUCUAUGUUUAAAAGGAUGCAGUUGUUUUCAAUGUCACCCUGUAUUUUUAAAGACAAUAAAAAAACGUCGUUAUUCUAUAGCUUUAUAAUUUCUAUUUUUCUCUAAGAGGCUAUUGUUUAAUUUGCGACAUGACAAUUAUGUAUAAAAUGUUAUGAUAUCUUGAAAAACAACAAUACGUAGGAAACAGAUCAGACUUCGAUGAUGAGUGGAACAAUCCGAGAUUAUGGGCUCAUUGUAUCAUGCUAUAAUAUUGUAUCUAUUCAAAUAUUCUAAACAAUUACUUACCGCUUUGUUCCUCAUGCCAUUACUUGCUAGGGACCUUUGGUAUUGUUUCAUUUUGAAUUAAAAGGUAUCAUGUCUCCUAUCUCGGUUCUGCUGCAAGAUUUCUUUUGAAAUAAACAGAACCUUUGUAAUUUUGUUUCUUGUGAUUAUCAGUUUCGAUGUUUUCUGUGUACGUAGUACUUAGUAAAUAAAUAAAAGUUUGACUACAGAGUCAGUAGACUGAGAUUAUAAUGUAAGAGAAUUGCAGCCAGAUACCACACAGAUAAUUUGCGAUCAUUUUCCUAACGAAGAUUAUGACCGGCCCGGUCACAUAUUUAACGCAAACAUAUGUAAGAGCGGGACAGGCUUCUUAUUUAGUUUGUUAUAAAUAAAUACAUAUAUGGGCUCGUCACGCCACAUACGCUAACAUUGUAUUGUGCACAACAAUAUUCUCAGUCUGCCUGAUACGAUGAGUUAAAAAAUACACCAUUGUGACAUGUGUAUAAUUAUAUUUUUAAUUGCAUUUACUAUUUUUAUUGUAUUUUUAUAAGAAUAAGUUGAAACUGUAGCCACAUAUCACAAUCAGACAUUCCAUCCAGUAGCAUAGUGAGGUGAGUGCGUGCGGCGAGAAACACAGGUCGGCAACUCGAGCCGUGCAGACGGAACCCGCCCAAUGUGUUGCUGUUCUUAUCACGUUCAUCUUAUAUCACCGAGGACUUUACGUGAAUGGCGGGGAAAAGUAGUUCGUCUGUGCAGCCCACUGCGAAUUGUCCGUAUCUGUAUCGUUGUGAUCAAUGUCAAUUCUAUUCAAUGCAUGUGAUAUUAACACAUUGUCUUUGUUGGGCAACAAAUAUCUAUGUAGGAAAAUCUACCAGUCUUUUUUUUACUGUUCGUAGACAAAUUGAAUAUGAAUAAUGUGGUGUCUGUAUAAGAUGAUAAUAUUGACUUUGCGUGGUGACGGACGAGCUGAUAACGCGCGUCUCGGCCUUAGAGAUAGACCGGUUGCUAAUAGGGAUGUGGACUGUACUCAAAUAAGUAUAAAAUUUUACCACGAAAAGGUAGUUUCUAUAGUAAAAAUAAUAAAAAACACAAUAUUUUCCUCAAUAAAUAAGGGAUUAUUUUUUUAUUUAAUAAAAUGUAAUUAAAUAUUUCACCCUCAAGUCACGUGACAAUGAACACCAAUCAAAAUGCGUGAUGUCACGCGUUGCACUACAAGAAUUUUCGCUGUCAAAUACUAUGGUGUUUGUUGAUAUUUGGAUCAUAUUAUUACCGUGAUUACCGUCCGAUUAUCUUAGCCACGGAAAUACUUUGUGUAGAAUGAGUCUGUUCUUUUUCUCUUUCACAUUUCGCUAUUGAUUCCAAUCUUUGCCUUUUAACUGCUAAUAGUCGAGUUGUUAUGUUUUCGGUUCGUCUUUUCUAUCGGGUUGACAUGCAAACUUUCUUGCCACACAACCUGCUCUCAGUCUGUUCUGGGAUACUGUGCCCAUUAAAUGAUAUUCUGGAUAAUUCUCCAUAUCAUUGGCAACUAUAAUGAAACUACGAAACAUUGUUUACUUUAUUUCUAACCUAAAAAUUCGAGUUUUCGUCUUUGAAAACUUGAAGAGUUAAAUUAUUUUAAUACAAGUAAAUGUAACAAAUAUUAUCAAACUUACAUCAAAAUGAUCCUCACAGAAAUACAUUUUACUUUGUGUAGAUACAAGUGCCGGAUCCCGACGGGCUAAUUAAAGCCAAUUUUUCAGCAUCGUUUUUGUACGUGGAACGUGAAUAAACAGUUUUUCAGGUGUUUUAAUAGUUGUAAUUUUACACUGCGGCACCGCACAAUAUUUAUAAAAUUUUGAAUUCAUAUUAUUAUCACACAACUAUGAAAUAACUAUUCAUUGCAUACAACUUCGACAAUAUUUUAUAACGCGUGACAUCACAGAGGCCGUUUGACAGGUAUCCGCGUUUUAGCGCGAAAUUUUAAAUGGAAUUUUAAAUAAAUUAUUUUAAAGGUAUUACUUCAAAUAAAAAAAUAAUAAUAAAUAGUUUGGGUUAUAUUUGGUACUUAUGCAUGGUUUUAAACACUUUCCCAAAAAUAGUCCACAUCCCUAUUGUAUGUUUGUUCGUGUGUUUAUUAUUUAUCAAUAUAAUAAUUGAUGUUGUGUUCCCAAAAUUUAUUUUAUUGCAGAUUCGAUUUUUUUUUGACUCGAAUACGGAUAUGUUAUUGUAUAUUGGAGUGACCAUCACAAUUUAUGUUAAAAUAGAGGAAUAAAAUGUAUUUGAAAUCAACUGUAUGAAUCAUACAUAUGUAACAUAAAAAGUAAGUACCUCCCCAGAUACCGUAUGUACUGUACGUGUAUGUGAGAGGCCUCAUGCCGGCAUAUAAAACACGCGGAAGCCCUGAGCGGCGUUACUGCGUGCUGUCGCUUUGUAAGGUUAUCAUUAGCUUUGUUCAAAUAAUGAUGUUAAGUUUUAAAUAAAUAAUGGGUUUUAUUGUUGAAAA